AGGGGGCAGUAGACAAGACACAGCACUGUCUGUGUACUGCGACGUGCCAAGGAAGUAUGCGGUGUUGUUGCCAUGGGAACGUAAACAAAAGGAGCCCGUUGCCCUAGCGGCUCUGGUUGGGCUGAUAGAGGCUCGGAGUGGUUUUAUAAAUUUGGGGUACAGUCUUGAUAAAGCCUGGUUUUAAAGGAGUUCAGAGCAGCAUGUCGUCUGUUCAGAGGAAGCCAGGUCUGCCCAGAGAGGUCCUGAAAUGGCUGCAGAGUCUCCGUUUGUCAUCUGAUCUGAGGAACGUGCGCAGGUAAACAGCAACGUCACUCAAACCGGAGACAAUAAAGUAAACGGAGAGCAUGGAGUCAGUAAAGUUUUGUUCUUUGAAUGAAUAUCAGGUGCUAAAAUUCGAUUUUUGUAGGUUACAAAAUAAAAAUUAAAGGAAUAUCUCAGUUUUCAUCCAACCUCCCUUUUCUUGUAACUUUGACUAUUGGUAAUAAAGCUGCAUUAAACAUUUUUAUUUUUACUGAAGCAAUAACAUCAUUGAGAAAUGUAAAUAAAGAUUUCGACAAUGUAAGUUAACUAAAAGUUAAUUAAGUUAAGUACACCAACACGUGGGAUAUCCAGAGCCCACCCAAGCCUCAAUGGGGCCCUAGGCAAAUUUUAUUUUGGGGCCCUCUAUUUCUACCAAUAUAUUGAUUGUUGAUCAUUCACACACCUACUACAGUACAAAUUUAAUGCGCCUGACAUUUCUUUACACAUUUAAAGGUGGUGGCCUAGUUAAUAACAUAAAUAACACCAAUGCAACCAUACAAAUAAUACCAAUGAAUGACUGAUGAAUGAUGUUCACGGUGCCACAUAUGGUUUUUAAUCUCAAAAUGUAACACAUUCAGCUACAAGAGUGGCCUGGGGUUGAUUUUCACAACAUUCCAAGUGAUAAAGUAUUGUGUUUACUGUAAAAGUGUCAUUGGCAGUAAGAAUCAUGGGCCUCCAUCAGCAGCACUAAAAUAUCUUUAUUUUAUUUUUACAAUAAUAUAUAUUUGAUCAUACAGAAAGCAUCACUAAUACAUGCAAAAAAUAAAAAAUAUUAAACAAUUUUUGUUUGUUUUUGAUCGCUUUUGGGGGCCCCUACUGGCCGUGAAGCCCUUGGGCUGGCUCUGGGGAUAUCUAAUGCAAUCCAACACAACAGCUCUACACCUUUCACUUUAACACGCUUAAGUACAUCCCCACUAACCACUAUGUCUUCAGUAAUAAAUACAAUGUACAAAAAUCACAUGUCUGAUCAUGUCAUCAAAACACUGAGAAGCUUCUAAAGAGGAAUGUUAAUGAAGGAGCGACUUCUGUGGGUUGUAUAGUCCAGGUAUUUAUAAUGUUAUGGCUUGUUUGCUUAGACAGAUUAAUAUUUCUAUUGUAGGAUAACUGGUGAUAAAAAUAUGUGAAAAUAAGCAGGAAAAAAGAAGAACAAGCUGGCAAGAGUCUCGUUAUAAAUCAGUCAUAAAUGGAGAAUGGUGGGAUUCAGUAAGUUUCUACUUCUUUGCACUUCUUUCCAAAAGCGUUAAUCAGAUCAACAUAUUGCUUGAGGAUUGCACUUUUUCAUUCUGCAUUUCACUUUUCCACAUUUGGAGCGAUUACUUUUGCCUGCCUGCCUGUUUACAUGAGCAUUUCUCUUUAUUACGAUUUCAUGAUAAAAACCACAUCAGUGCUUUCUUGAAAUAUCCCAGAACCAAUCAUCUGUGUUAGCAUGUGUUAGACCAUAAAUAACUAUGUGCAAUAAAACCUUGACUAAGCCUGGAAAGUGUAUCACUGAUAAUAAAAAUAGAAAGUGUAUAUAAGCAAAUAUGUAACGCUGUGUGAUGUAAAAUAUUGUGAAUACAAAUGAAUCAAAUAAUAAAAGAUUAGGAUCAAGGAUCGAGAAACAGAGCAGAUGAUAAAUGUAGCACAGAUUUACUAUGACAGAUAGAGAAACAUCAGUGCUUUCUAAUGCUGCCAAGACAGCAGCUUGCUCAAAGUGGAUUUCCCUGGUUGAGUGAACAUACUGUCUUUUCUCCCUGCUUUUCAUUUCCAGGGAUUUUUCCAAUGGUUACCUUGUGGCAGAGAUAUUCUCUUGUUAUUACCCCCAAGACUUUCCAGUGCAUUCAUUUGAUAAAGGAACAUCACUUUCUGCCAAACAGGGGAACUGGAGCCAGAUAGAGAGGGUAAGACAGAAUAAAUCUGAAAAUAUAAUGUGAAAGGCAGAAACGUCUUUUGUUUAGUUCCAUUUGUAGGUGAGUUACAUGCAUUUUCAAGGUACAGUGACGCAUCCAAUAUCAUUUUAUUUUGCUCAUACACGCGUAGAGUCUUGAAUUAUCAUUUAAAUUACUUCACUUUGUGGGUUGCCGCUCAAGUGUUGGAAUGACACCGCUCUGCUUACUGGCACACAAUUGAACAAAACCUUAAAAAUCAAUCUAACCUAUGAUAAUCAGCGCUGUAUUUUCAUCAUAUGGUUGUGUUUGUCUACUUGUUCUUGAUGGAUCUGAAUGCAAACUGUGUUUUUUUUAGAUUAAAAAUGUAUAUUUCCUCAGACGUUGCAAAGGAAGAAUCUGCACCUGAUGAAAGAGGUCAUUGAUGGAACCAUCCACUGCAAACCAGGAGCAGCUGAGCUUCUGGUUCGAGAGAUUUAUACAAUUUUAACUAACAGGAGGUGAGUAUCGGUACGAAGCAGUGUGAGAAACAUAUUGAGCUCAGGGACUUUACAGACACAACAUUUGCUUAGUUAGGAGGGAAAAACACCAACCAGUUUUGACCACACUUAGUCUCCUUCGGGGUCUGGCUAGGUCUCUACUUGGCCUUGCUCUGAAAACUGACCUUCCAUGUUCCUUUCAGCAAGGUUUCAAUAAUGAAUGCCUUGUUAGAAUAAAGUUAUCAUACUUUAACCUUGGCUCAAGCAAGAGUGCCUUGCUAUUUUCCCUCCUUUUGAAGUUAGAUUUUUCAUCUUAAACUUCAGCUAGAUUUACCUGUAGUCCACCACCCCACCACCGAGAGCACACAGUAUCCUUCUUUCACCUUUAACUUCUAUCUUUCUUAAACCAAAAGGAGUAAUGUUUGUGAUGAUUCCAUUUCAGUACGUAAACUUUUGCUGCCCAGAAAUGCGUCAGAAAGGCAGUCGGAGCUUGUGAAACUUUUGCACAGUGUUAUUUUAAGGCCGGUGGGCCUCGGUAUGAAUUAACCAGAUACUUCAGAGUUUUACACUAUAAUGUAAUAUCAGUGUAAGCUUCCUGUAAUUCUGUUUUAGGGUUUAUCAACAUAUUCAAUGCAUUUAAAGGUACAGUGUAUCAAAUCAGGAAAUAAUGCUGCAUUCUAGUUGUACUCAUCUAGAAUGCCUCCCUGAAGUCAGAUUUCAGACCCGGAAAGACAGACAAUCCUCACCAACCCCGACUUGACGAUAUUUCAAGAUGGCAGUGCAGUGCAUCGUCAGUAGAGAGUAACAGUGAAAGCUCUUGUAAUGUAUUAUUUAUUUGCACUUCUGUUUUGUUUUUGUGAAAUUAAAUAAGUGGUAAAUGUACUGACCAACGUCUAACUGUGAACACAGUGCUAUGGUGUUUGUCAGAGUAAAAUACUGUGUUAUGCGUCGUUUACAACUGGUAUCGCUAACAACAACAACCUCUAACAGCGGCCAACGACAGCUGACGACUGCUAACAACAACUGACAUCAGCUAACGACAGCUGACAGUGGUAAACAACAGCUAACAAUGGGUAACUGUAGGCAUCCAUCUUGAUUUUCUGACUUGUUAACUGGAACAUCAUCAACUCCAGUGUAAUGUCACCCAAGUUCCCAGCUCCGACUUCCGAGGUAACCAGAACGCAACAUAAUAAGGGGUAUAUCUUUAAGAUUCUAGACUGAAACGCUCCCUUGCUCACCCCUCCUAUCAGGGGACAAGAAGCUGCUGUGAAGUUUGAUCCUCCAUUCCUCAAGUUUUACCAUCAUAAAUGUCAAUAAUUACAUUAACAACCACCCUCUUCUUUCUGUGCCCUUCCAGCCACCUUUCAUCACUUACGUCUCACCAAAGAUGCAGAUGUCACUAGUUUGUCCUGUCUGUGCUACCAUGGAAACAUGGCAGUACAAGAGAUCAGCCUUCUCCUCUUUUGUAGAUGUAAAGGCUCAUUCUAAGUGAACAAAAACAAAAUGAUUUUCAUAUUCAGUUGGGUUUAUACAAGUUUAAACAUACUUAUGAAUAUUAUAUUUUAUUUCUACUGAGUCUGCUCUGUCAGAUCCUGCUACACACUUCACACUGCAUCCUUGAUACAGACAUUAAUUAAUACAGCUGAAAUUCAGAAGAGGAGGAUGAUGUUUUUACAACUGAAGGACAUCAUUGCUUGUUUUUUUUUUUUUAACCAAACAUGAUGGGUACAGUCAGCUAAAACCUAAGUGUCACUGUAAUUAGGAGGAGAUCUGUCUGUUUUCUAUGCACACGCCUAGAUGUUGGACAUAAAAAGGAAUAGAUGUACAGAUUCAGCUAUUUAAAAAACCUAUAAAACAUGAACAGCCACAGUGGUUCAACUGAAAACUAAUCAACAACUGGGUCAUCGUGACACUUAAACAACUCAGCCGACCCAGAGAUAGACAACUUCACAACAUAAUGCAACCUGUCCUUUGGUAGUCUGGAUGUCAAAGCUGAACUGAAUAUGGUCUCGGCUCUAAGGUAUUUCAACAACAAAAUGUCAGCUAUGUAAAAAAGAACAUAAACAGUAUAUAAACUGUCGUCUAUACUAUCUAAACUUAGCCAACAAAGAAGCCAGACAGUUUCUCUGCAGCACAAUUUCACAGUAUAAAAAUAUCUGCACACUAAAAGUCUAAAUCUAAAUUAUUCAUGUGUAUAUUAGUCAUGUAUAUUUAGGAUAGAGUGUUGGUAGACUGUGGUUGAAGUUUCACUCCGGUGGCGUUGCAGUGUGUGAGCUGUUUAUUCGUCUGAUUCAGUAUUUGCUAACUUUUGGUGUAGCACCUGCUCCCUUCAGUUAUACACACACACUCCUCUUUAAUGCACGAAAUGUACUGGAUAUACACACAUAUUUCACUGAAUCAAACAUAUAUACUGUAUUACUGAAUGCCUCUUGUUGUCAAAUCAAAUGUAUUUUUAAAGUAUCAGGAGUGUCCAGGGCCCAGACUCCUCUGACAGGGGGCACCAAGAUCAUCUGCCUUCAGCGGUCCGCUCCACAGCCUCCCAGACCAUCAAGAACAACCUGAGGACAUCUGAGAUCAUGGCUGAUCCCGACAUCACCACAAACCAGAGGAAGGCAGAGGUCAUUCUCCACAGGCAUCUGCGGCACCAAGCUGCAGAGAGGGUCCACAACCCCGGUGAGUCACCCGGAGGCGAUACUGAGCUUUCAGCGGGGGGAUGAAAUAGAGUGCUAUUAUCACAGCGCACAGCUUUAUCAUUUCAGGUCCUUUCAUCAGUUUCAUGUCAGGAAAUGUCACAUACUCCUUUUUACGACAAUGAUGGAGGAGAAGUGAACACAAGUCUCUUAAGUUGACAUAAUGAUGUCAUGCAAAAGUAAAAUGUUAAGAUGUUUUAUGAAUUUGACUGAGUAUUGGCAAUUUUGACAGCAAGGAUUUUCUCUGGUGACAGGAAGACUCAAAGUCAAGCCUAAUCUGGGUUACCUCGCAGCCAAGAGUCCUUUCCCACCAAGCAGUAGUGACGGGCACCAUGAUCGCCGUUCAUCAGGAGACUCCACAUCAAGUGAGUGUCAAACAUCGAUUCAAAACUUUGUAAAAGUUCUAUUUUAAUUAACAGAGGCAGAAUGGAAGCACUAUCAAAACUAUUUUAUCUAAUCUCAUUUAUCUGUAUAAUAUUUAUAAUCCAACAAAUAAUCUGACUGGUCUGUUCUUAAACUUGUGCUAUUCUAGAGUCAUGUGUUUCACCGACGUGGAGUGGAGCUGUUGUUCCCUUUAAGGAGAUAAAGGUGCUGCAGCCUGUCAGACGCUCCCUGGUUAACUAACACAUCUGGAUGAAGACCUGCACUAUGUUAUUGUAACAUGUGUGUGUGUGUGUGUGUGUGUGUGUGUGUGUGUGUGUGUGUUUCCAGACAUGUUGGCACAAUUAGAGCAAAGCCUGUUUGACAGUUUUGCCACAGGAAUACCUACUGACUUGAAAUAUGUUUGAAAAUACAGAUGACGCAACUGUUUAUUAAGCUUAUGUAAUGCCACUCUGGCUCCAUCAUCCUGCUUGUGUUAUGCGUGUUUGUGCCACUAGAUGGCAGCAUCAUGUCACGAGCACAGCUGUGGUAAUCAUAUCUAAAAACACACUCAUGCACCACUGAUAAAAAAGAGGAAAUAAAUCACUGUAGCAGCAGAAGUUAAGUG